AUGCAAAUAGAUAUUACUAGAGUAAAAACACUUAUUGUUGGUUGUGAUUUUCCAAACUUUUAUACAUAUGUUCAUAUCUUCUCCAAACGUCAAGAUAUUGAUGUUUGCGGCAUAAUUUAUGCAUUUGAAGAUGAGAUCCCAGCCAAAUGCUAUGUUAUGCGAAACAUGAAUUCAAUUCCGAUUUUUCCACUGGUAGAUCUCGAAAAAAUCAUUAUAGAACAAAGAAUUGAAAAGUGCAUAGUUAACACAAAUGGUAUUUUAAUGCGUCGUGUACAAGGAAUCGUAAAUAGAAUACUCUCGACUAACUACUGUUCAAUAGAAUUCGUAGAUCCAGAUGAUAUUAAACUUGAAGCUCACAAACCUCUUAUCAGUAUCUCAUCUCUUGCACCAAGUGUAGGCAAAACACAAAUAUGUCAAUAUUUCUGUGAUUUAUUCAAGAAAGGCGGUCAGAAAGUAGCAGUUAUACUUCCCCGAUAUUUAUUUGAGCCAGGGGAAGAAAACAUCACACUUCAGACAGGUUUCCAUUACGAAUUUAAGACGAAUGAUGAAGUUCCUAACGGAUUACUUCCAAAAGAUCUCGAAAAUCAAGUUAUUCAAUACCAAAAAUCUGGAGCUUUUUAUAUCAUUGUUACAACUCAUAUUCAACGUGCUCUUAUAUCAGCCGAACAACUCGCCGACGUAAUUUUGUUUGAUACAAAUGGAUCUUCUAUCCCACAAGUUUACGAAGAUUACAAAUUCUGUAUUUUGACAGAAGAUUCGCUUAUGUCUCCUAAAAACAUAUCAAUCUGGCCAGGUCUUGUCAACACAUUUGAUAGUUCACAUAUCAUUACUAUCACCGAUCUUGAAAAUCCUAAAGAAUUACAAAUUGAACAUUUAUUACCGAGCAAAAUCAUCUCUCGAUCAUUUUUUUAUGUUAACAGUGUUACAUUACCAGCAGCUCCACCUCCAUGCACAGGUCCAGAACGCGCAGUUUCACCGGGUUCAGCCCUUUGUAUUGGUAAGACGAAAGAAAUCCAAAAACAGUUGUCUAAUCUUGCAGAUUUCUCAAAUGUCAUCAUCAAUUCACAGUUCCUUCACUCACAACGAGAUCCAUCAAUUGAAUCACACAUUAUCAACUCUGCUAGACACAUCACAGACAUCGACAAUGCUAUUUUCAAGUGGAUCUACAGAACAUUCCAGUCAUCAAAGAAACCUCCUCUUCAAAAACAUUUCGAAUCAACAGUUGAUAUCUUGUUAUCAAUGGUUACUGCAUCAGCCAACGAAAUGACCGUCACAAACAACGACAGCCACAACAGAGGUGCAUUUGCAAAACUAUUCCUUCAAUCACAUAUUCCUCCAGGAUUCCAUGUUACUAGUGGAGAAAUAUUUGAUUCAUUAAACAACACGACAGGCCAAUUGAGCAUUGUUAUUACGAAUGAUGAAUCACCAUCACUAACAAUUGACUCAUCACUUAACGUAAUCACACCAAUCCUCGCCGAUUCAGUUCUUGCAGUUGUCGAAGUUAAAUCGAAUUUGAAUGUUGAAAGUCUUAAAAAAGCACUUUCACAACUUCGUCCAGUCAAAGCAUUGAUGCCUGCACAUGAAACAAUCCAGAACAUCGAUGGCAGUAUUAUCAGAGAUCCACUUGGUGGCAAGAUCAUCACAGGUGUAUUUGCAUAUUCAAUCAGUGGAGAUGUUGAAGCAAAACUUGGUGAAAUUGUUAAUUUGUAUCCACACGUUGCUGAUUUCAUUGUUCUUCCCGAUUCAUUGGCUUAUUUCGAUGCUAUGACACUUGAAAUCUGCGGCAUUGGUGCAAACGAGAAAGAGAAAGUUGGUGGAUACGUCAAAUUCACACAGAAAGGGUUAGGCUUAGCAUUAAUUUUCGGAGUUUUGAACUCUAUUGCCGCCAUGCGACAGUUUUCAGCAUCAAACUACAUCAGGUAUCUUGGUGGUUCAUGGGGCGGUCUUCAAGAAGCAUUCGAGCGAGAGGCAAACGAACUUGCAAACUCAUGGAACAAAGGACGCCACUUACUAUCUAACGAGAUUGAUCAGAACAAGCGACAAGAGAUCUUAGAUGAACAAAGCAGUUUCUUGAACUUCCUCAACAACUUCCAAAAUAAAUAA